AUGGAAAUGAGAGUGGUCAUCUUGUUCCUGUUCUUCUGUUCAAGCAUAGUGGUAUUGCUCAUAGUACCCACAGCUGAAGCCAUCUCACUUGGAAAUGAAACUGAUAAAUUAGCACUCCUAGCUUUCAAGAAGGGAAUAAUCAAAGACCCCUCAGGAGCUCUGAACUCAUGGAAUGACACUAUCCACUUCUGUGACUGGGAAGGAGUGUCAUGCAGCAGCCAGCAACCCCAGAGGGUUAUCACCCUCAACCUCAGCAACCGUGGUUUAGAAGGCUCUAUAUCUCCAUCUAUAGGUAACCUUUCCUUUCUCAGGCACAUGCUACUCAUGGACAAUGGUCUUUAUGGUGAAAUCCCUGGUGACUUUGGUCGUUUGCACUCUCUUAGAGUACUUAACCUUAGUUUUAAUUCAAUCCAUGGUGAAAUUCCUGCCAACCUGAGUCACUGCUCAGAACUCAUAACCAUCCAGUUAGAGAAUAACAAUCUCACUGGUGUCAUUCCUGCUGAGCUUGGAUCCACUCCCAAACUUAAAUCACUAGCUCUGGACAACAACUAUCUCAAUGGAGUCAUUCCACCUUCACUAGGGAAUCUCUCUUCUCUAAUGGAGAUCUCUUUAUUGUAUAAUAGUCUCCAAGGUGAUAUCCCAACAGAGCUUGGCAAUCUUAGCAAACCCUGA